AUGGCAAGCAAAGUUGGUUUGGGCGAUGCCAAUCCGGAGCGGGACGGUGUACGAAGUGGUACACUGGAAGAGAACGGUAGAGUAGCGGAAGGCAGAACCGAUUCUAAUAGCGGGAAGGAGGCUCAGACUAAGUCUAUCAUGAAUGCCAGUGGUACAUCUGGUCAUGUGGUAAACAACACUCCGGAGCCCGGUCUUAAGAGGGUACCGACUGUUACUUUCAGUGACAUAAAGCCUGUUACGUCGAAGAGUUCAGAUGUUGCUGAUGUUGACAGGAUAGCAGAGAGUAUAGAAAGAACUGAUUUUAUCAGAGGUAACAAGAUAUUUAGUGUUGGAUCUGGUACUACGAUCAACAAUAUCGUACCGAAUAGAAGCAGAACACCCGAUGCUAUUGAUCCGAUAGCCUUUGCAGUUCAUGAUACUGCUGAGAAUGAUCAUUUACACUUUGUAGUGGGUGAUACAUUGCACACACCAGGUAAGACCAGUACUUUAACUAGUCCUAGGUCAUCUGUCGGGUCAAACAAAAGUCCAGAUUUAUCCCUGCCUAUCAAGGAAGAAUUUGGCCAACAAAUAAAAGCCGUAAGCAUUCCCAAAGCACUGGAAGCGGUCAUGGAGGAAGGUACAUUCAAUUCUUUACCCUCAAAAAUUUUAAAGAGGGAGAACUCCAAAAACAUAGACCCCAGGUUACCUCAAGAUGAUGGCAAGCUUCAUGUGCUUCUAGGUGCCACGGGUGCUGUAUCUGUUUUCAAGAUCAAAGUCAUAAUAAAAAAACUUGAAGAGAUAUAUGGAAGAGAUAAGAUUGCGGUUCAGGUUAUCCUAACGCAGGCAGCGACUGAGUUUUUCAACAAGAAGAAUGGUAAAAAGAACAAAACCGAUAAAGUUGCUAAUGAUACCCACAACGGGGAGGGGAAGUCGGCCGUUCUCGAAAAGACCUCAGAGAAUAGUGCUGUCAGCCUUGAAGAAGACAUCAAUUGUACCAAUACCAACGCUCAUAACUGUAUAGAGCUAAAUCACAUUCAUGUAUGGACAGACCAGGAUGAGUGGGAUGCUUGGUCCCAGAGGACUGAUCCCGUUUUACACAUAGAAUUGAGGAGGUGGGCAGACAUAUUAGUAAUAGCCCCAUUAACUGCCAAUACAUUAACGAAGAUUGCUCUUGGCCUGUGUGAUAAUCUUUUAACAAGUGUUGUAAGAGCAUGGAACCCAGCUUUCCCAAUCUUCCUGGCACCAUCGAUGGUGAGCAGCACGUUCAAUUCCUUGAUGACUAAGAAGCAUUUGCAAGUGAUCAAGGAUGAGAUGCCUUGGAUAACAGUUUUUAAACCCUCUGAGAAAGUUAUGAGUAUUAACGGUGAGAUAGGUCUGGGUGGUAUGAUGGAUAGUAACGAGAUUGUAGAUAAGAUUGUCAUGCAAUUGGGUGGCUAUCCAGAAGACACCGAGGAGAACGAUAUAGAAGAUGGUGAUGACGACGAUGAAGACGAUGAGAAAGCAAGUACUACACCGAAAGAAGUAGAUGACGACGAUGAGGAUGAAGAUGAAGAUGAUGAAGAUGAUGAAGAUGAUGAUGACGACGAAGAUGACGAAGACGACGAAGAAGACCAGAUAUCCAAGUCAACAACCAACUAG